AUGCGGCUCGUACUGCUCGUCAUUCUAGCUUAUUCCGUUUUCGCUGCCGUUUCGAAGAGCCCGCAAUUGGACGAAUAUGGUUUCCAGCCGACUUGCGUCUCAUGCACCGCGUUGGUCUCAGUUGUCAGUUUAAUUCUCAAGUUUGACAUUUCGGAGCCGGUCGUUCUUGAGCUCGCCACUGUUAUUUGCAAAUUGUUCGCGAAACAAUCGUGGGCGGUUUGCGAUGGAAUUUCAACGCAGUUUCGGGACGAGUUCUUCUAUGUGUUCCGACAUCUCGCCUCGGAGAGCCCUUCCCAGAUAUGCGGAAUUCUUUUGCCGGAUUGCGCCGAUCCGACGGAUCCUUCAGAAUCUGGAUGGGUUAUUGCGUUACCGCCGAAGGCUGUGGAAACCAAAAAACCGAUGAAAAAACGGACGAAAUAUCUGAAAAACUCGCAAAAAAACAUGCAAAUAUUACAACUGACCGACUUACACGUGGACUUUGAUUAUAUAUUUCCAUCAGAGGCGAUUUGCGACGAUCCAGUGUGCUGUCGGAAAAAUACGGCAACCCCGAAGAAGCCAGCCGGCUAUUGGGGUUCGGUGGGAAAAUGCGACAUUCCCUAUUGGACGGUGGAGAAUAUGUUGAGCCAUAUAAAUAAAACGCACGCGAUUGAUUUUGUGAUAAUGACCGGAGAUUAUAUCAAUCAUGUCGAUUGGGAAUAUUCCAUCGAAGAGCAUUUAUCGGUAUUGCGAAAAUUGCACCAAAUCGUUGUGGAGGCGUUCCCAACAACGCCGGUCUACUGGUCAUUGGGCAAUCACGAAGGUGUUCCCGUCAACAGUUUCGCGCCGCAUUCGGUCGCUGAGCGAUUCUGGCCGACAUGGCUUUAUAAGGAGCUGAAUCGCAUGAGCAAACCGUGGCUGAGUGUCGGCGCUGAAGAAGGCCUUCUGAAGAGGGGCUCGUUUGCGACGCAUGUCAUCGACGGACUCAAAAUUAUUUCAUUGAAUACGGGAUUCUGUGAAGUCACCAAUUUCUUCCUUUAUCUGAAUCAAAGCGAUCCGGAUUCGACAAUGUCAUGGUUCGUCGAAGAACUUUUGAAGUCGGAGAAGGCCGGCGAGCAUGUCUACGUUCUCGCGCAUAUUCCGCCCGGCGAUUCCGAAUGCCUCGAAGGUUGGGCAUUCAACUACUAUCGGGUUAUUCAGCGAUUCGCCGACACAAUUUCCGGCCAAUUUUUCGGCCACGACCAUCUCGAUUUUUUCACAAUUUUCUAUGAGGACAUGAAUGAUGUUGAAUCGACACCGAUUUCUGUCGGAUUUGCUGCGCCCAGUGUAACGACGUUUGAAUUCCAGAAUCCUGCAUAUCGGAUUUACGAGGUCGAUCCCGACGACUCAUUUAAAAUUGUUGAUUACACGUCGUAUUUUGCCGAUUUGGACGCGGCGAAUCUCGAAACGCCGCCAAAAUGGGAGAAGCUUUACUCGGCACGAGAAGCCUAUAAUAUUGCCGACAUGUCGCCGAAAUCUUGGAAUCGCGUCUCGCAGCGAAUUUUCAAGUCGAGAAAACGAAGGCAGCAAUUUGUGCGCAAUGCGUUCCGAACAAAGAAUCCCGAAUGUAAUUCGAUUUGCGAAAUGCAACUCAUGUGCAGUCUCCGAAUGGGACAUCAUAACUCAAGCCUGUAUUGUCCAAUUUGA